UCUAUUACUAUUUGCACUCAUUUUAAACUUUGCGAUAAGAAUUUAACUACAAAACAAAAGUACGUACAUAUAAAAAGAUUUGUGCAGGAUCUAUUAAUAUCCUAUCAACGUAUAACUUGUAACUCAUCGACCAAUCAACGCUUGCGCAGGGUUCAACAAACCAAGAGUUUAGUCUGUGCUUUGGCCUUGUAAUUAACUUAUUUAUAUUCAGUACAGUUUUAAAACCAGCGAGGUAACCCGUCUAAACCCAAACCAAAAAUGUGUGCAAGUUUUAAAAUUAAAAAGUGGUAUUGAAAUAAAAAAUGUUUUUGCGUAAAAUAUUGAUUAUCUGUGCAAUUUUUUAUAUGCUGGAUAACGAUAACUUAAUAAGGUUAACGGAAAUGACGCAAUUAAGCUCCUUUGAUUUUGCGUGUUUUAUUUACAAAUUUUAUUUAAAUUGGCAAGAUAAUAAUGGUGAAAAAAUGAAAUUAAAUAUAAUAAGAAUUGUAACACUUAAAUAUUUAACUUUGAGCGUAAACAAUCGGAAUGGUAAAAAUAAUGUUUGUAUAUUGAUCAAGAAAUAGUAUGAAAUGAAGUUUGCGCAGGCCGGAGGAACGAAGGAUCGGUAUGGUAGCAUACGGGAGAAAGAAUCAAGUCUGAACAAGUUUAUUAGGUAAUUAUAUUAAAAUCUAGUCAAAUAAUUAUUAUCAUAUGUGUAAAAUGAUGAUAAAGCAAUGUUUUACAUAAUGUAUAAUAAAUUAGUGAUAAUGCGCAACUAAAAAUCAUUAUAAACGUACGGUAAUAUCGGAUGACAUUUUAAGGUUACUUUUCAAACUUUAGUUGUGUACUAAAGAAUAAAGCCAGCUUUAUAUAUUGAAAUUAUUACAGAUUUCUUAAUUAUACAUUAAUUUAAUAUGCAAAUAGGUAACAACAUAGUUUAUAUUGUAUCAUUUGAAUGAAGAAAUGAAUGUGCUCAAAAUUGGCGGGAAAACUGUUAUCUUCUUUAGUUAUCAAUAAACUUGAUUAUUUGUUUGUGUAAUUGCUUAAACGAAUAAUAUUCAUCAUUUGAAAGGUUUAUUUUACAUUUAAUUGUAAGUUGUAGUUGUAAAAACUAAAAAAUUAACAUCUGUCUUUGUUAGGUUAUAUUUUGCUGUUUCAUACAUCAUUGUUUUUCUUUACUUUUGUCUGGAUGUUAUCUGAGUUUGAUUUAACGAUUUAUUUUUUAUUUUUCAUAAACUGAAAGUCAACAAAAAACUAAAAAAUUGUUAUCCGGAUCUACUUGUCAACACAAAAAACAAACUAGAGUAACGUAGCGACCCCAAUUGGGUUUUGGCCUUUGCCAAAUUAAUCACUUUUCGUGAUCCUGCGUCAUCUCGUCCCAGUCCUGCACUUCGAGUUCACUUGGGUCUUUUUCCACUUCGUUUGUCCAGCGACCCCUGGGAUCUACAACUUGUCAACAUAAAAUACUUUAAAGAUAUCAAGAUACGCCGAAUCUGAAAGCUGUUUCUAUACAUUACAAGAUAUUAAUAUUAAGUAGCAAUGGAGAACGCCAACGUUAACGUUGACGUCGGGUUUGUGGACUUCGUGGAAUCCGCUUCUACAGAACAAAACAACAAUGAGAUUAACCCAAGCGUUACCACUGACAGUGACAAAGAAGACGUCACUGUACAAAAUGGACCAGAAUCUGCUGAACAAAAUGAUAACGAGAUAAUUACUUUGGAAGAUGAACUUAGAGAGAUAUUUUCUAAGUUUUCUAAAAACUUCAACGUAGUUCAUAUCAAUGCACAAAGUAUAUCUGCACAUUAUCUCUCUUUGUUAGCAACAUUCGUCAAUCUCCAUAACAUUGAUGCUGUAUUGGUCUCGGAGACAUUUCUAAAGGACUCUAUGGAUACGAAUGUAGGCGAUAUGCCAGGUUUCCAACUGAUCCGUAACGAUAGAAAGGAUAAAGGCUGUGGAGGAGUCGCAAUCUAUUUGCGCAAAGAGCUGCACUACGAAAUCGUCGACAAAUCUCCAAAUCGUUACACCAUGUCCGCUGAACACCUGUUUAUUGAAGUCAUUCACGAAGAAACUAAAAUACUCCUGGGUGUGUUUUACAGCCCAUCUUCAAAAAUUUACUACUUUUCAACAUUCGAAGACUUACUCAAGAAGUAUCGUAACAAUUAUGAACAUUAUGAUAUUCUUGGAGACUUUAACACGGAUCUAUUAAAAAGGAAUAGUAGACGAAAGAAAUUGCUCUCUAUCAUUGAUGGUCAGAACUUGCACCUUCUGCCUCUCGGCCCGACUCAUUUUGCCCCCGGGUUCGCACCAUCCAUUUUGGAUUUAAUCAUUGUCACUGACUUCGCAAAUGUAGCGAAGUACGGUCAGCUAGGAAGUUAUUUCUCUUACCAUGAUUUGAUUUACGUUUCAAACAAAUUAAAUUUUUCGAGGAAAAGGAUCCCUAUCGAAAUUGUAGCUAGCGGAACUAAAGAAGAACCUUUUUGGCAAAAACCCAGUGUCCGAAGAGCUCUAGCGGAACAAUUGAAAGGAUUAAAAAUCUACAAGGAGAGUGAUCGAGGUGAAAAUGAUUUAAAAGCUUAUCAAAAAAGCCGCGAACAGAUCAAGCAACUCGAAACGGAGUUUAAACGAGAAAAUCGUAAGAAUCAAAAAGGCCAAUAAACCUUGGUGACUUUAUCUAUUGCAUUUUAAAUGUAUUGAAGAAGUGUUACCUAUGUAUUCCACUUGCAUGUUAAUUCAUAAGUACUGAUGUAGCAGCUAAGGACUUACUUGAUAAGCUCCAAGCGUUUGGUGUUUGAUAUGCAUUUAUUUUAUAGCAUCAUCUCACUUCUAAAGCAUAUCCUUUUCACACAUUCCUUUCAUACUUUCUUCGGUCUUCCUCUACCUUUGUAGUCAUCCACAUUCAGUCUUAACACUCUCUGGUUUAUGUCCCCAUUCUCUCGUCACAAGACAUGUCCAUCUAACCUUUUGCAUUUCUUUUGUACGAGUAUAUGAGAUGCAAUCAAAGUAAAGUUCACUAACAAAUCUCAUACCAUUUUUGUCCAUGAUUUAUAAGUACGUUCUCGUAAUUGUCACGUUCAAGAUAGAGUCUUUGUAAUGUUUAUGUUUCGUACAAAGUCAAGAUUUAAGGGUUUUAUAACUUCGUUUCUAACUAUUUUCAUUCUACUCGUCACAAGCCAUCUUUAAACUGUGAUUAGUUUAUGUAAUAAGUAAGAUAAUUAUGACAAUAAAUAGUCAAGUAUUAUGUUAAA